AUGGCCAAAACACACUCAGAGUCCUCGGAGGACUUUGAAUUCAUCGAGACACCUGCUGCCGCCUCCCCGCAACUCCCCGUCGAGAAUUACGGUGUGCGCACCACUUCUUAUCCCGCCAUCGCAAAUGCUCCCCUCCCAGCAGAUGGCUCUGGCAGCGACUCCUUCAACAACUACGUCCUCUUCGCCCUUCUCAUUGCAGUGCCAUGGUGGGUUGCCCGUCAAUUCCACGGCGGCUUCUACACCACCAUCUUCUUCGCACUCUUGACCUCGUUCCCCAUCCUGAUGAUCUUCUGGACCGUGGCAUCCUCCAUCUCUCCUAGGAAGAACGAGAAGGCUCGGUAUCCUGGCCUUCCCAUCGAACACUACCUCUCUUUCCGCAGCCAAGAGGACCGCGAUAAAUACUAUGGCAAGAACCGCAUCCCCAUGGAGACGUUCUCCGAGAUGUACUUCGACGAAAAAGUUGACUUCAAGGGGGACACGCUCGAGAUGCUGGAGUACCGACACGACUGGGCGAACUUCCGCUUCACGAUGGGUCUGUUCAAGCAUUUCUUCACCGGCUUCAUCCCUGAGAUGCUGUUGCACACCCGCUCGCAGGACGAGGAGCAGGUGCGAGACCACUACGACCGCGGCGAUGACUUCUACAGCUGGUUUUUGGGGCCCCGCAUGAUCUACACCUCCGGCAUCAUCUCCGACAUCAAUCGCGAGGAAUCCCUGGAGCAGCUACAGGACAACAAGCUGGCCAUCGUCUGCGAGAAGAUCGACGUCCAGCCUGGCGACAGCAUGCUCGACAUCGGCUGCGGCUGGGGCACUCUUGCCAAGUACGCCAGCGUCAACUACGGUGCGAAAGUCACGGGUGUCACGCUCGGCCGCAACCAGACCGCCUGGGGCAACAACGGGCUCCGGAAAUCCGGCAUCACCGAGGAGCAGAGCAACAUCGUGUGCAUGGACUACCGCGACAUCAUCGUCCCAGAGGGAGGGUUCAAACGCAUCACAUGCCUCGAGAUGGCGGAGCACGUGGGCGUACGCCACCUCGCAUCUUUCUUCCGCCAGGUCAACGACAUGCUAGACGACGAUGGCGUCUUCUUCCUGCAGAUUGCGGGUCUCCGUAAGUAUUGGCAGUACGAGGACUUGGAAUGGGGUCUGUUCAUGAAUAAAUACAUCUUCCCGGGCGCGGAUGCCUCGACACCGCUGGGGUUCGUGGUUGACACGCUCGAGGGCGCUGGCUUUGAGGUCAAGAGCAUCGACACCAUUGGUGUGCAUUACUCGGCUACCCUGUGGAGAUGGUAUCGCAACUGGAUCGCCAAUCAGGACAAGGUCAAGGCCAAGUACGGUGUCAGGUGGUACCGCAUCUGGGAGUAUUUCCUCGCCUACUCGACCAUCAUCUCCCGCCAGGGCAGUGCCACCUGCUUCCAGAUCACCCUGGUCAAGAACAUCAACAGCACCCACCGUGUCGAGGGCAUCAAUACCCAAUUUGGCCUGAGCGGUGCUUUGAGGGCUGGCUUGGCAAGGCUCGUCGCUCCAAAGGCCAAUGGGGCGUCGAAGAUCGCCAAGAAGUUGUGA